AUCCCUGACUUCCCAGCCUCAGCUCAGAGUUGCUGCUUUUGCUGCUGCUGCCGCCGCCACACAGCAGAGCCCACCCUUUAUCUGCAGCCUCCAGCCGGGAGCAAGGCAAGGGGUAAGCAGCUCUGACAACCAGAUGCAGAUUCGCAGAGCAGGUGGAAGGACACUUUUGGCGGGGAGACUCUCCUUCAGCCGUGCAAGCAUGGAGCGAGGCUGGAGACACGCCGCUGCCCUCUGGGUCCUGGUUCUCUGGGCCUCCGGCUCGUCUCACAAGGGGCUUGGGAACCUGGGCGCCAGCUUCGACAGCAAAGCUGCGUAUCUGUUGACGGAGGACCGUUCGGACCUCAAGUGUUUCACCCAACAGCUGGAAGACCUGGCCUGCUUCUGGGAGACAUUUGUACCCCCGAUGGAGCAAAACAACCAGAGCGUGUACAGCUUUGGAUACAAAUAUGAGGACGACGACUCUUUGAAAUUGUGUAACUUGACUGUGGAGUACACACCCCGGAAUACAACGCGAUACACUUGCUUCUUUCCGAGGCAAGAUGUUUCAGCCUUUUCCCCUCUUGAGAUCAAGGUCUUUGAUGGGCGCUCCCCCAAGAGCACUCUGUACAACAGAACGAUCUUCGUGGAAAAACUACUUUUCCUGGACCCCACCCUAUAA